GUCACACCCCGAGGCGAACACAUCCGCAACGCAACAACAACAACAACCAUCCAUCCCCAAACUCUAACCCACAACCACUCGAGCUCACCAUUGUCACUGCUGCCGCCAUGGGCUCCCUCGAAGACAUCGUACCGCGCUUCACCAUCCUGGACGACACCCGUCCAGACGACAUGUCGCUCCCGGCCUUCAUGGUCUCCACCACGCGCGGCUUCCUCCCUCGCAUGGACCCCAUCGUGUCCCUGCCUCCCGAGUUCGACCCGCUCGAGUCAAUCCUCCAGCGCAUGCCCGUCAAGACGCUGUCUGGGGAGCCGGGCCUGCUCGCCCAGGGCAAGCUGGGCGACGCCGUGACCACGGAGCUGCCGGACCUGACCGACCAGGUCGAGAAGUACAAGGACAACUUACCCCUAAUGAACGCCCUGUACCGGGACUACUCCUUCCUUGCGUCCGCCUACCUCCUGGAGCCCUGCCACGAGCGGUUCAUGAGGGGUGAGGAGUACGGCCUGGCGAGGGACGUGCUGCCGGCGAACGUUGCACGGCCGAUAGCCAAGUGUGCUGCCCUCUGUGGCUUCAAGCCCUUCAUGGAGUACGCCGGCUCGUACGCGCUCUUCAACUACCGCCUCGUCGACCCGGCGCAGGGGCUCGCUUCGGAUAACCUGCGCCUGAUCCGCGCCUUCGAGCACGGCCUCGACCCUUCCUCGUCCGAAGCCGGCUUCGUGCUCGUGCACAUCGAGAUGGUCAAGCACUCGGGCGCGCUCGUCCAAGGCGCCGUCGCCUGUCUCGACGCCUGCGCCGCCCGCCACAAUACCAGCACCACCAGCACCACCAGCACCACCAGCACCACCAGCACCACCAGCACCACCAGCACCACCCCGCGAGAGGACCUGAACGCCGGCCUGACUACAGUCCUCGCCGCCCUGCGCCGCAUCAACGCCACGAUGGAGACCAUGUGGAAGCGCUCGCGCCCGGAGCGCUACACCUCGUUCCGCACCUUCAUCUUCGGCAUCACGUCGCAGAGCAUGUUCCCGCGGGGCGUGACGUACGCGGGCGUGCCCGAGCUGGGCGACCGGCCGGUGGCGUUCCGCGGCGAGAGCGGCGCCAACGACUCGAUGGUGCCUCUCGUCGACAACCUGCUCGCCGUGCCCAUGCCGGACACGCCGCUGAUCGAGAUCCUGCGCGACUUCCGCAGCUACCGGCCCGGCGAGCACCGCCGCUUCCUCGAGUGGGUGAAGGAGGCGGGCGAGAAGGGCGGGUUGAAGGAUUGGGCUUUGGGGUUGGGGCCGGAGAAGGAAGAGGAAAAGGAGGAGGAGGAUGAGGGCUUGCUCAGGGAAACCAGGGCGCUGUGGAUCCGCGUGCUGGACCAGAUCCGCGACUUCCGGUGGCGGCACUGGUGCUUCGCGCGCGAGUAUAUCAUCAAGCGGACGAGCCACCCGACGGCGACGGGCGGCAGCCCGAUCGUGACCUGGCUGCCGAACCAGCUAGGGGCCGUGAUGGACGAGAUGGUGCGGCUGCACGACGCCGUCGGCGGCAGCAGCGGCGGUCUCGGGGCGGAGGUGGCGGCCAUCAUGGACCUGGUCGGGCGGCAGCGCGAGAUGCUGCGCAAGGAGGUGCGCAAGUUCUGCCAGGAGCGCGGCGUCGAGGCGGAUGUGUAGAUUGGAAAUUAAGCUACCACCGUGAUGGUUCCCUGAGGGGACGUCUCUAUCUCUAGAUAUAUGCUGGUUAAACCACACCUUACUCCGACAGUAUGCCACAGCCAGAUAAUGCUACACGUUUCUCGCACAAAAAAUUGAAUGCCCACCGCUCAUGCAAAAACAGACAACCCUCCCACCGCCCCUACC